AUGGAUACCGAGCUCAAAUCCAUGAACCAGGACCCACCCAAACCCGAACAGAUUGACCCGUCUUCCCGAGACGAUGGGUCCAACUCGAAAGACGACCGUCCGCUACUCAAGUCGGACUCAAACAGAGUCGACUCAACGACAACCGAGAACAUCGAGGAGCUGGAGAAAAAAUUCGCUGCCUUCGUCCGCAAUGACGUGUACGGCCCGAUGGGACGAGGGGAAUUACCAUUGUCCGAGAAAGUUCUGUUAGGAAUCGCGGUGGUUACGCUGGUGCCGAUACGAUUUGUGUUCGCAUUGGUUAUAUUGGUGGUGUAUUAUAUAAUUUGUAGGGUUUGUACGUUGUUCUCGGCGCCGAAUCGGGAUGAGGAGGAGGAGCAGGAGGAUUUUGCGCAUUUGGGAGGGUGGAGAAGGGCGGUUAUUGUUUGGUGUGGGAGGUUUUUGUCUAGACUGCUGCUUUUCGUGUUAGGGUUUUAUUGGAUUAGUGAAAGCUAUAGAGAUAUUGAACUGCCUAAUCAAAAUAAAUCUUCUACCCAGAAUGAGAGAAAAGAUCAAUCUAAAGAUCCGGAAAGGACAGGGGCAAUAAUAUCCAACCAUGUUUCGUAUUUAGAUAUCUUGUACCACAUGUCUGCUUCUUUUCCAAGCUUUGUUGCCAAGAGAUCAGUGGCUAAACUUCCUUUAGUUGGUCUUAUCAGCAAGUGCCUUGGUUGUGUAUAUGUUCAGCGGGAGUCGAAGUCAUCUGACUUUAAGGGUGUUUCAGGUGUUGUGACUGAAAGAGUUAAAGAAGCUCAUGAAAAUAGCUCUGCUCCGAGGAUGAUGCUUUUUCCUGAAGGCACAACAACAAAUGGAGACUUCCUUCUACCUUUUAAGACAGGUGCAUUCUUAGCAACAGCUCCUGUGCGUCCAGUGAUUCUGAGGUAUCCGUACCAGCGAUUCAGUCUUGCCUGGGAUUCAAUAUCUGGGGCGCUCCAUGUGUUUUAUCUUUUCUGUCAAUUCAUAAAUCAUAUGGAAGCAAUAUGGCUUCCUGUUUACUACCCAUCACAGGAAGAGAAGGACGACCCAAAGCUAUAUGCUAGCAAUGUCCGACAGUUAAUGGCUCGUGAGGGUAAUUUAAAAAUGUCAGAUAUUGGACUUGCUGAGAAGCGAAUAUAUCAUGCGGCUCUGAAUGGUAAUAAUAGCCUGCCUACUGUUUUGCAUCAGAAAGACGAUUGA